GCCCGUGCUUCGGCGGACGCCGCACCCGGCUGGAGGCCCUGGACGCCGCUCCCCAAGCGCCACCACACCAUGACCCCGAAGCUGCUGCUUUUCCUCUGCCUGUUCUCGGGCUUGCACGCGCGGUCCAGAAAGGUGGAGGAGGAUGAAUAUGAAGAUUCAUCAUCAAACCAAAAGUGGGUCUUGGCUCCAAAAUCCCAAGACACUGAUGUGACUCUUAUUCUCAACAAAUUGCUAAGAGAAUAUGAUAAAAAGCUGAGGCCGGAUAUUGGAAUAAAACCAACUGUAAUUGACGUUGACAUAUAUGUUAACAGCAUUGGUCCUGUGUCAUCAAUAAACAUGGAAUAUCAAAUUGACAUAUUUUUUGCUCAGACCUGGACAGACAGUCGCCUUCGAUUCAACAGUACAAUGAAAAUACUCACUCUGAACAGCAACAUGGUGGGAUUAAUAUGGAUUCCAGAUACAAUCUUCCGUAAUUCUAAAACUGCAGAAGCUCACUGGAUCACCACCCCCAAUCAGCUCCUCAGAAUUUGGAAUGAUGGGAAAAUCCUUUAUACUUUAAGGCUCACUAUAAAUGCAGAAUGCCAGCUGCAGCUGCACAACUUUCCCAUGGAUGAGCACUCCUGCCCGUUGAUUUUCUCCAGCUAUGGCUACCCCAAAGAAGAAAUGAUUUACAGAUGGAGAAAAAAUUCAGUUGAGGCAGCUGAUCAGAAAUCCUGGAGGCUUUAUCAGUUUGACUUCAUGGGCCUCAGAAACACAACAGAAACUGUAACAACAUCUGCAGGUGAUUAUGUUGUCAUGACCAUAUAUUUUGAGUUGAGUAGAAGAAUGGGAUACUUCACUAUUCAAACAUACAUUCCCUGUAUAUUGACUGUGGUUUUAUCCUGGGUGUCAUUUUGGAUAAAAAAAGACGCUACACCAGCAAGAACAGCAUUAGGCAUCACCACAGUGCUGACCAUGACCACGCUCAGCACGAUUGCCAGAAAUUCCUUGCCCCGUGUGUCCUAUGUGACUGCCAUGGACCUCUUUGUGACAGUUUGCUUCUUAUUUGUCUUUGCUGCUCUGAUGGAGUAUGCCACCCUCAACUACUAUUCAAGUUGUAGAAAACCAACUACCACUAAGAAGAAAACAUCUUUGUUACAUCCAGAUUCCUCAAGAUGGAUUCAUGAGCGAAUAAGCCUACAAGCCCCCUCCAACUAUUCUCUCCUCGACAUGAGGCCACCACCACCUGCAAUGAUCACUUUAAACAAUUCUGUCUACUGGCAGGAAUUUGAAGAUACCUGUGUCUAUGAGUGUCUGGAUGGCAAAGACUGUCAGAGCUUCUUCUGCUGCUAUGAAGAAUGCAAAUCAGGAUCUUGGAGGAAAGGGCGUAUCCACAUAGACAUCUUGGAGCUGGACUCAUAUUCCCGGGUCUUUUUCCCCACAUCGUUCCUGCUCUUCAACUUGGUCUAUUGGGUUGGAUACCUGUAUCUCUAAAUGUUGCUGUAGUGAUGAGUGAAGAGCACUAGGUUUCCCUCUUUACCUUUCACCCUCCCCAGACCAGUAGUGACCAACUGGAGUAAGAAGGAAGGACACUGCUCAGUUUAUCUGAAAUUAUACAUUACCUAUGAGCAGUACAGGAGUACGUGGCAAAUAUUUCUAUUAUGUAUUUCACACUCACACACAUGCGUGCUCACACACACACACACACA